AUGGUUGCAAUAUUGCAUAAGCAUCAAGUCGGUGAGCUUCUGGCCAAAAAUAAAAUUAGUGUAUGGGUGGCGUUGUCAGGGAUUAUGCAAGGCAUGCAAGUUGCCAAGAAGCAUGGAGAAGGAUUUGGGGACUCCCCCGACCAGUCCUUAUCUCAAAAUAGCCUCAUCUUCUUGGAAUUUUGCAAUGAUGAAUUGGGUGGUGAUUUGCUGGUCCUCUUCCACGGUCCACCUGUCGUCUCCCCAUAG